CACGGGUCUCUCAAAUCUCAACUCUCCACUAACCCGCUAAAACCAUUUCGUACUCUGUUUCUUCGCAUUUUCUUUUCACUCGUAAUUUGUUUUAAUUAUUUUGAAAUAUUUUGUCCGUAUAAAUAAAUUUUAAAAAAAACGAAAAUUGGUACGCACCGCUAGAUUCGAAUCAAAUCCAUCUCUCCGUGUUCUUCGAUCUCUUAUCAGUUUUUUUUUUUUCCUUUCAGUCGCUGAAGCCAGAUUUCAAUCAGAUCUGUUUUUUUUUCUUUCUCUUUUAAGCUCACUGUUACGCUGAAAUGUGCGUCGUUUUGGCGUAACUCCGCUGUCAUUUUGUUGGAAGUUGCCGAAAAAAGAAAAUGGCGAUCGUCGGUCCGAUCACUCCCGGUCAGGUGUCGUUUUUUCUCGGAAUAUUUCCGGUGAUUUCAGCUUGGAUCUAUGCAGAAUAUUUGGAGUACAAGAAAAAUUCACUCGCAUCCAAAGCUAGGCACUCUGAUGUGAAUUUAGUUGAGAUCGGAAACGGUGCCGUAAAAGAAGAUGAUAGAGCGGUUUUAUUGGAAGGCGGAGGUCUUCAAUCAGCUUCUCCUAAAGCUCGGACUUCAUCAUCUUCCUUGACUCCAAUUUUCAAGUUUCUUAUGAUGGAUGAGACUUUCUUGGUUGAGAAUCGGUUGACACUUCGAGCUAUAUCUGAAUUCGGUGGUCUUUUGGCGUAUUUUUACAUUUGUGACCGCACUGAUGUGUUUGAUUCUGCAAAAAAGAAUUACAAUCGGGAUCUUUUCUUAUUCCUCUACUUCCUUCUCAUCAUAGUUUCAGCAAUAACUUCUUUCAAGAUACACCAUGAUAAGUCACCAUUUUCGGGGAAAUCUAUACUUUAUUUGAACAGACAUCAAACUGAGGAGUGGAAAGGUUGGAUGCAGGUCUUAUUUUUGAUGUACCAUUACUUUGCAGCAACAGAGAUUUAUAAUGCUAUCCGAGUUUUCAUUGCUGCUUAUGUGUGGAUGACUGGAUUUGGGAACUUCUCAUAUUAUUAUGUGCGCAAAGAUUUCAGUCUUGCAAGGUUUGCACAGAUGAUGUGGCGGCUCAAUUUCUUGGUGUUUUUUUGCUGUGUCAUCCUCAAUAAUAGUUAUAUGUUAUACUAUAUAUGCCCCAUGCAUACUCUGUUCACUCUUAUGGUUUAUGGGGCACUUGGCAUUCUGAAUAAGUACAAUGAGAAUGGGUCAGUCAUUGCUGCAAAAUUCAUUGCCUGCUUCUCGGUGGUUAUUCUAGUCUGGGAAGUGCCUGGAGUGUUUGAAAUACUCUGGAGCCCAUUUACCUUUUUCCUUGGUUAUAUUGAUCCUGCAAAACCAAACUUUCCCCGCUUGCAUGAGUGGCAUUUCCGCUCAGGCCUUGAUCGUUACAUAUGGAUUAUUGGAAUGAUAUAUGCAUACUAUCAUCCAACUGUUGAAAGGUGGAUGGAGAAACUUGAGGAAGCAGAGGUGAAGCGGCGGGUAUCAAUAAAAAUGGCUGUGGCAACUAUAGCGCUGAUGAUGGGAUAUUUCUGGUUUGAGUACAUAUACAAGCUUGACAAGGUCACUUACAACAAGUACCAUCCUUAUACCUCAUGGAUCCCUAUAACUGUCUAUAUAUGUUUACGAAAUGUCACCCAGUCCUUCCGAAGUUACAGUUUAACCCUUUUGGCAUGGCUUGGAAAGAUAACACUGGAGACCUACAUCUCGCAGAUCCACAUCUGGCUAAGAUCGGGCGUCCCAGAUGGUCAACCUAAACUGCUGCUUUCGCUGAUCCCAGAUUACCCAAUGUUGAAUUUCAUGCUUACCACUUCCAUAUACGUUGCAAUAUCUUACAGGCUCUUUGACUUGACAAAUAUACUGAAAACAGCAUUCGUGCCAACGAAAGAUGACAAGCGACUUGUCAACAACUUGAUUACUGCUGUUGUAAUCUCAAGCAUUCUUUACUCAUUAUCUUUUGCACUCCUUAGAAUCCCUCAGAUGUUGGUGUGAAAAAUUAUAUAAGUAGAAAUACUAAAAAGCCACCAUAGCCUAGUGCAUCAUCACUGUGCCGGUGGAAGGGUAUUACUCCAUCUGCUGCAGUCUUCACAAUUGUAAUGUAAUUGCUGAAUUCAUCAUGAGAUCGAUAUCAAAGAAGUCAGUCAUGCUGAGUCUCAGAAUAUGGAACAUCAGCUGUAUAGGGAGAGAUCAACAAGUAGAUAUAAAACCUCCAAUUGAGGUGUUAUUUUUGUUCUCCAUUGUUUUCCACAGACACAGUAAUAGCUACAACAUGUUUCAUUACCAUGCCUA